AUAUCGGUAUGAAAUUAUUCUUUCAUUUUCACCACCGCCUCAAAACGGUGCGCAUCGUAUAAUGUAAUUUUGAAUUUGGAAUAAUUGUUAGUUUAGUGGCCAGUAUGGAAUUGUUCAAAUUUGUUUUGUACGUGUAUGUGUAUAUUGUGGUGGUGUGUCCGAAUGAGAUAGAUAGUCAAGAACAUUUGAAACCAUUGGUCCCACAUGGUUACAAAGGGCACGACCAAACCCACGAACCUCCCUGCGAUGUCUGUCCCCGCCACGGACGGUGCGUGCCUAAGAUCCAGUGCCCAGCCCACAGAAGACCUGAAGCCAGCAACCCGCUGUGCCAUCUAGCGGGCCAGAGGGAUCUACUUGGAGUUUGCUGUUUCACUGGGAGUCUACAUGCUGCCGAAGCAGACCUAAAAGCCCGUGCGGCUACUUCGAUACCAGCUGAGGACGUGAAAACAGCACACACGGCUUCACGGCAGAAGCUUGCAGAAUGGCUGAGCAAGGCUAUGAAGCUGUUGAAAGAGCGGCAUGUGCUGGUUAAUAGCACUGCGCCUAGCUUCGCGCAUCACUUGUCUGUGAUGACAUACGACGAUCGAGCCGAAAAGCUGGGACUGGGCGCGCUGCUGAACCUGUUUGCUGCGCAAGAGUUGAAGUCGCGGCAGGCCUUCUCUGAUGACGACCUGGCGUUGGGGCUCACUGGGAAUACUGAUGGUCCAUUUUGUCCACCGCCCCCAUCAUGCCCUAACCCACCCAGCCGCUACCGCAGUAUCGAGGGCGAGUGCAACAACCCCGAGUUCCCCACCAGAGGCGCUGUUCACACCGAGUACGAGAGACUGCUUCCACCGGACUACAGUGAUGGAAUCUGGGCGAUGCGAGCCUCUACCACCGGUCUUCCGCUCCCCAGCGCUCGAGUGGUCAGCCAGAGUUUGCUCAUCGACGCCAACCACCCGAGCAACACCCACAACCUGAUGUUCAUGCAGUUCGGACAGUUCAUAGCACACGAUGUUAGUGCCGGCGUCGUGUUCACUAUCGGAAACGGAAGCGCGAUCUCCUGCUGCGCUGGCGACGGCGAGGUCCCACUUCCAGAAGACCAGCAACACUGGGCCUGCGCUCCUAUCGACACCCCACCUGAUGAUCCAUUCUACGGGACCUUCCGUCAUACGUGCCUCAACUUCGUCAGAGCCCAGCUGGCACCGGCUAGCGACUGCUCUGUGGGCUAUGCUAAACAGAUGAACGGCGCCACCCACUACGCCGACCUAUCCCAGCUUUAUGGAAACUCUCGUUCCAAGCCCGGGCUACUCCGAGCAGCGGGCGGUUUCCUCAACACCUUCAACGACUAUGGAAGGCCUCUUCCUCCUUUAACUAGGAGGGGGGAGUGCGUAACUACCAACGAAGGGGCUGCUUGUUUUGAGUCAGGCGACAACCACGGCAACCAAGUGAUCUCCCUCACCGUUCUCCACACCAUCUUUACCAGAGAGCACAACCGCGUGGCGCAGGCAUUGUCCAGGUUCAAUCCAGACUGGGACGAGGAUACAGUGUUCCUGGAAGCCAGGCGCAUCCUGCAGGCGGAGUUCCAGCAUAUUAUUUAUAAUGAGUGGCUCCCGCUGUUGUUAGGUCCACGUCUACUCCAGGCAUUCGGGCUGUCCCCGGCUGGGGGAUACUCCACGUCAUACGACUCUCACGUCAAUCCAGCGCUUACCACGGAAUUCUCUACCGCAGCCAUGAGAUUUGGACACUCCGUCGUGGAUGGGAAACUGGUAAUCCCCAGCCCGGCGAAAGGCACGGUGUAUGAAACAAUCUCACUUCCAGAAGUGAUGUUCCAGCCAUCGCGUCUGCGCCUGCGACCCUUUCUCGACCGUGCACUGACAGGACUCUCGUGGCAACCCAUGCAAUCCGUCGAUCCUUUUGUCACGGAAUCUUUAACCCGUUACCUGUUCCACGGGGGCAACCCCUUCGGCUUAGACCUGGCGGCCAUCAACAUACAGCGCGCACGCGACUACGGCGUCAGAUCAUACAACAGUUAUCGCGAGCUCAUCGGAUUAAAGCCCUAUGGCGAUUUCAACGAAUUUCCUCCUAGCGCGGCAAACCGUCUGUCCUCCGUCUACUCUAGUCCUGACGACAUCGACCUCUGGAUCGGCGGUCUGUUAGAAAAGCCAGUAGAAGAAGGUGUCAUCGGAGCGACUUUCGCCAACAUCAUCGCCGACCAGUUCUCCAGGAUGAAGAAAGGAGACCGCUACUUCUAUGAGCAUGGCCCUGAUGUGAACCCUGGAGCUUUUACUCCUGGUCAACUAGCUGAAAUAAAGAAGGUCACCCUAUCCAGGAUCAUCUGCGACAACAAAGAUGGAAUUGAGCUCUUCUCGCAAACUCCGAGUGCUUUCCUAAGGGCAGAUUUACCUGGAAACGAGCCGGUGCCUUGCGAUAGCCCACUCAUCCCAACAGUGGACCUCAGCAGAUUUAGAGAUAUUUAGUUAUAAGCUCUUUAACUCAGGAACAUCAAAUGUUUCAUGAUCAAUGUCCAAUAGCUUUUUUUAAACAAAGUCAGCUUGAAACGUUGAACGUCUCCAGUGCUGAAUUUAUUAGAUGUAAAAUGUAGUCAUAGAACUUUUAUAAAAUUAAUUAUGUCAUUAAAGUACGCAUUCAUUUCUUCCUCUGUUCUCGGUGUGGCAUGAUUGGUUUCUUCAAAACGGUUUUCAAUAUCCUCUUACACUGUUUCUUUAUUCUUCUUUAUUUCAUUUCACACUUGCUAGACUCAAACUUUAACUAUUACACAAUCUUCUUAUUUCCCUUACAACUCUUUGAUAGUGUUUUAAAAGCGAUUACAAUUACCAAUUUUGCAUGCAACCUUUUAAAACAUCGUUAAAAUGUUGUAGUGUUGAUUGCAAUGAUUUAUCUAUUAUGUUGAUUUGUUCUGACACAACGCUUCUAUCGUUUUGUGUUCUUUCUUUUUCUUUUCCAAUCUAGAACCCCACUGGUGCCCGACAGUGGGGUUUUAAACAAAGCGAUAUUAGAAUUGUGUCAAUAACUAAUUCUUCUUUGACUCUAGCACGUGUCCUCCUUCUGUUAUCUGUCUUUCUCUUAUGAACGUCGAAGAACCCAAUUCAAUGAUUUUUUCCGGAAAAAAUACAUGAAUUGGGAGUUUGAUGGCAUUGAAUGUAGGAAGAAAUUAAUUGUGGAAAAAUGUGAUUUUAAAGUGCUAUUAUAUUUUAAUUAGUCUGAGUAUGUCAUAAAUGCAUGGUGCAUGAUACUGAAUACAUUUUACAUUCAAAGGUGGCUGGUGCCUAUUGAGCUCACAAGUCGAAAUGUUUUAGUCUAAACUCUAAAUAAUAGGUGUACAUGAGCAGUGGUGAAAAUUAAUAUUACAAAUGUGUUUUG